GAGGUGUACGUAACGCCAUUUUUGACGUGACAGCGGUGGCAGAGAAUUCUCCAGAAGCCUUGUUUACGAGCUGAAUUAGUACAGAGUACUUUUUACACCGAGUGUCCGACGUGAGAGGAUGGGGAAUGUCUUUGCAAACCUGUUUAAAAGCCUGUUUGGGAAGAAGGAGAUGAGGAUCCUCAUGGUGGGCCUGGACGCUGCCGGCAAAACCACCAUCCUUUACAAACUCAAACUGGGAGAGAUUGUCACCACAAUUCCCACCAUAGGUUUUAACGUUGAGACGGUUGAGUAUAAGAACAUCAGCUUUACAGUGUGGGACGUCGGCGGUCAGGACAAAAUCAGGCCGCUGUGGAGACACUACUUUCAGAACACGCAAGGACUGAUCUUUGUAGUGGACAGUAACGACAGGGAGCGAGUGAAUGAAGCGAGGGAGGAACUGACGAGAAUGUUGGCAGAAGAUGAGCUGCGGGAUGCUGUGCUUCUUGUUUUUGCAAAUAAACAGGACCUGCCUAACGCGAUGAACGCUGCUGAGAUCACAGACAAGCUGGGGCUUCACGCGCUGCGUCAUCGCAACUGGUACAUACAGGCAACAUGUGCCACGAGCGGAGACGGUCUCUACGAGGGCCUCGACUGGCUCUCCAACCAGCUUAAGAACCAGAAAUGAACCAUUCCACCCAUCUCUUAAUCUGUGUAUGCAUGUGUAUAUGCUUUUGUGUGUUCGUGUGUGUGGAUAUGCUCUGUAUGACUGAGUGGAACGUGUUUACCUGAAGUAUGUGCGUGAGCGUGAAUGUGUGUUUAAAAUACGAAGGAUUUCGUGUGCUCGAAUUGAGGACGGACCCCCGCGUGCCUUUCACACACCCCUCCUACAAAACCGGCUCACAUACCUUCAUUCACACUCUUGUUUUCCCCCAUUCUCAUUCUCAGAUGAAUGUGGAUUUUACACAAUGGAGAAAUUAGGGUUUGCAGCCUGCUUUCUAGCACUGAUUUUGACUUCCCCCUAUCAACUACUCCUUGCUUCUCAUCUGUUAAAUCCCUUUCAGUGUCUGAAGGGUUGAUCUGUUGUUUUAACAGGGCUGUCAUGGUCGACAUAAUAAUGUAAAACCAUCAGUUAUUCUGGAAUAUCUUUAUAGGUGUCUGUUCCUUUAUUUUUUACUCCAAUUUAAUACUCUUUUUAUUUGAUUUUCCUUUAUAUUUAUCCUAGUCAGGGUUGCAGCAGUCUGAACACCCUGGAAUAAGGUAGGAACAUCCUGCACAGGGCACCAAUCCAUCACAGGGCUUCAGCCAUCCCUUGCUUUUUCAGGCAUAGCCAGUCAUGUCAGUCAUGCCUGGCUGGUCAAUAGCACUGCUGAGAUUCAAACCCAGAUGUUAUUAGUGCUAUUUUUAGAAACUACAUGCCUGGGUAUUGCAGUGUAACCAUUGAUCUGGGUUAGAACGUCAGCGGUGCUAUCGGGUGGCCAGGCAUAUACGCGGACAAGAUUGACUAUGUCUCAAGAAAAGAGGGCUGGCCUAAGCACUGUGAUGGAUUGGCGUACUGUCCAGUGUGUUUCUGCUUUGCGUCCAGUGACCCCAGUGGAGCCAGGCCCGCUGUGACUCAGACUAAGAAAAGGCAUUUGAAAAUAUGUCAUAGCAGUCUGUCUGAAACACACGUCCAAAAAAAGGUACUUGUGGUUCUGCUAUAAAUAUACCGAAAUUAUGAAAUUAGGAGCUCCUAAAACACAAGUGACACUGUCCACAGUCGAGCAAACUCAUCUCUAUGGGUUUAGAGAUUGUGGUGAAAAAAAGAGAAGCCCCUGCUUUUGGUUCUGAUUUUUCCGUGUGAUCAGUAACACAUUUAAGUCAAGCUUUAGGGUGCUGAUUUUGGAGAAGGACUCUAAGCCCAUGACGAUAUAAAUCAUGCUUGAUGGAGGACAUUGUCACCUGUGUAUUUUUUUUUAUUUAUGGUUGAUCUACUUUUGGUGGUUUUUGAAUUACAUCUAACAAUCCAGGCACAUUUCUUCUCAGCAUGAGAUGACAGCUUGAGUUUUCUUUCUGACCUUGUCAAAAUAAAACUGUUUAAUGUAAUUUUAUACACCAAAUCAUUACUCUGGUGGUGAAAUUCUACAAAAAAUUUUUUUAAAUGCAAAAUCCAUGAUUGUGCAAAGCCAGACUCCAAACUGCUUGGUCAGAAAAAGUACAGAGUGUGAGGUAGCUGAUAUGAUGGGAAAUCAAUACAGGCACUUUAAAGCUUGUAUUGGAGCGCAGGAGCAGGUCCAUUCUAGGCAAUAACCUCAUAUAAUCCACCACAAGUGUUACAGGCGUGCCGGAUAUGGGACAGAUGUUUAUUUUUUUCUACAGGUUCACUUUUAGUAUAUUUUAGAGGAAAAAAGCAAACAGAAAUUUCACCCUGGUUGGUUUAGGCAUAGUAAGCACAGCUGUAACCUGUAUCAGGUUGGGAAGAUCAUUUUCCAUCCUCGAUUGUCCUUUUGUUGUCUUUUCUUUCUUUCCCCUCUGGUUUGCAAAUUAGUUUUCAUUCCUGAGCUCGCGCGAGAUGGUGUAGGUUGUAAAAAUGAAAGUCAAGUGUGUCUGGGUUCUGUACACUACCUUUAAAUCAAGCACAAUCAUAGAUGCUUAACAUUCCCCUCUCAAACCUUUUGGAUUUGAUUUCAAUUAAAAACUCUAAAAUUA